AUGACUUCGGACGUGACAGAAGACCUAUGGCUGUUUGGAUAUGGCAGUCUGAUUUGGAAACCACCGCCACAUUUCGAUCUGAGAGUGCCUGGCCACGUCGAAGGUUACGUACGCCGUUUCUGGCAAGCCAGUGAAGAUCAUCGCGGGACUCCUGAGGCACCUGGCCGAGUUGUCACCCUGAUUGAUAGAUCGCACUGGGAGACCUUGACCGAUCAACACUCGGAUGCCCCUCCAACAACAUGGGGUGCUGCUUAUAGGAUACCUGGGCCUCAUGUGGCAGAAGUGAGAGAAUAUCUUGAUAUUCGUGAGAUUAAUGGAUACAGCAUUCAGUACACUCCGUUCCACGUGUCGGAAGCAUUUAACGCUACACACGACCUACCUGCGCCUAUCAAUUGCUUGGUCUAUGUAGGACUCCCAGACAAUCCGCAGUUCAUGGGUCCACAGGAUCUUGACUCUCUCGCCGAACAUAUUGUCAAUAGCAGAGGGCCCAGUGGAGAAAACAAGGAUUAUCUUUACGGACUCGAUCAAGCGCUUGUGGAACUUGGAGAAGGCAGCGAAGACGAGCAUGUCCACGACUUGGCCAGACGCUGCAGAGAGCUCGAGGGUAGAACGUCGAAGGAUGACGACAACCAGACAGAGACUAGCAUUGUUGGGUCCGAGCUGAAGAGACUAGGAAGCACAGAUGAGCAAGAGGAGAUUGAGAAGUAA